UUCAGUUAUGCGUUGAUCGGGCAUUGAAAGGGUUUGACUUGGCUCCCACUAACCGGCAAUCUUACCAUGGAGGAAAAGACUGAUAAAGAGAAUCCCAUCGACACCGAACUCGGCGAGUUCCUUUCGCUGCGCAAAGUAGAAGUCCGCAGGCCGCGAUUGUCCUGGUACUAUGCCCCCUCCUUCCUGCUCCUCUGGCUGGCGCUCUUCUACGCCAUCGUGAUCCCGCUCUACAACAGACUUCCGGACAGGGUGACCAUAUCCCAGGAGUCAAGCAGGCCAGGAGAAUUCGUCGCAGAGCGGGCACAGCAAUAUCUGCACACUUACGACCGCAUUGGACCCAAGGUAACUGGCAGCUAUGCGAACGAGGUGACCACGGUUGAGUUUCUCGUAAACGAAACCGAAAAGAUCCGUGCACAGAUGCGUAGUGACCUCUACGAUCUCGAAGUGGACGUCCAGUCGCCAACGGGAGGAUACGUUUUCAACGACAUGGUUAACAUGUACCAGGGUAUUCACAAUGUGAUCGUCAAACUGAGUUCGAAGAGCUCCCAGAGUGAGUCCUACCUGUUGCUCAACAGCCAUUUCGACUCCAAGCCGGGAAGUCCAGGUUCCGGGGAUGAUGGCACAAUGGUUGUGGUCAUGCUGGAGGUCCUGCGCCAAAUGGCGAUAUCGUCGACCCCAUUCGAGCAUCCUAUUGUCUUCCUAUUCAACGGAGCUGAGGAAAAUCCCCUUCAGGCUUCCCACGGCUUUAUUACGCAACACAAGUGGGCGGAAAAGUGCAAGGCCUUUAUCAACCUCGAAGUUGGCGGAAGCGGAGGACGUGACUUGUUGUUCCAGAGCGGUCCGAAUAAUCCUUGGCUAAUGAAGUACUAUAGGCAGCACGCAGAGCACCCGUUCGCGACCACAAUGGCGGAGGAGAUCUUUCAGAGUGGGGUUUUGCCCUCUGACUCAGACUUUCGCAUUUUCCGGGAUUAUGGUAACAUAGCUGGUCUGGACAUUGCCCAGGUUGAGAACGGAUAUGUUUACCACACAGCCUUCGACACCUUCGAGAACGUACCUGGUCGAUCCAUCCAGAACUCCGGAAACAAUGUCCUUGCUCUCGUCCGUGCUUACAGCAACGCCAGUGAGUUGUAUAACACUGAGAGUGAUGAUGACAGCCACGCAGUAUUCUUUGACUUCCUCGGACUCUUCUUCGUGUACUACACGGAGACCACUGGCAUUGUUCUGAACUGUGUGAUUGGAGUGCUCAGUCUGGUUUUGGUUGGCUGCUCCCUCUGGAGAAUGUCCCGCCAGUCGGAUAAGGUGUCUCUUCCACAAAUUUCGAUUUGGUUCCUCAGCAUAUUGGGACUGCACUUGGUGGGCUUUCUGUUGUGCAUUUGCCUCCCUCUUCUGAUGGCGGUUCUCUUCGAUGCUGGAGAUCGAACUCUGACCUACUUCACUAGCAAGUGGUUGCUUUUCGGCCUCUACGUGUGUCCCGCAAUCAUCGGUCUAGUUCUGCCAUUGACCCUCUACUUCACCCUGCUGCCCAAUGAAAAACUAAGCCACGCUUACCAGCUGCAGCUCAGUUUGCACGCUCACCUGGUUGUACAGGCCCUGUUGGCCAUCAUUUUGACCGCCAUGGGCCUCCGAUCCCAGUACCUGUGCCUCAUUUCGAUGAUCUUCUAUGGAGGGGCGCUUCUGAUUAACCUAGUAAGCACGCUGCACGACCGUGGCUACUAUUGGGCGCCGAUUGUGGUGUUUCUGCAAGUGCUGCCGUUUUCGUACUUCUGCUACUUGUUCUACAUGUUCCUCGUGAUCUUCAUUCCGGUGCUGGGAAGGAAUGGCUAUAGUACCAAUCCAGACCUUAUCGUUGGCCUACUGUGCGGUGUUUGCGUCUUCUUUGCUCUAGGAUAUGCGGCUCAACUGAUUAAUAUGUUCCGCUGGCCAAAGCUCAUACUUCUCGGAUUGGGAGUCACGACCUUUAUCUUUUGCAUGAUAGCUGUCUCGGAAGUGGGAUUCCCCUACCGAGCCAAGACGAAUGUGAUGCGAGCCAACUGCUUGCACACUCGUCGCAUCUUCUACGAGCACGACGGUUCCGUGAGUCGCAGUGAUUCCGGUUACUACUUCAACUACCAGGAUAGACGGGCAUUCGCCCCACUUGAGGACUCGGCACUCAACCUGACCGGACUGGAGCCGGUGGCCAACAGCUGUGAUGACUACGUGAUGUGCGGAAUUCCGUGCUUCUACUACAGCUGGUGCAAGUGGCGCCAGUGGGAUGGAUGGCUGCCUCGCGAAUCGGAGGUGAUCUUACCCGGCGAACUGACCCUGGACUUUCUGGGAUACACGGUGCUGGAGUCGGGAACAAUCGCUCGUUACCAAUUCGAGUUGGCCGGACCGGCCCACAUGAAUUUGUUCAUCCAGCCGGUGGGAACCGCCAAAGUCGACGACUGGUCAUUUGUGAGGAAAAUGCUGGACGAACCGGAGGAGUUCCAGCCGCCGUACCAGAUCUUCCAUUCCUAUGGCACUGAUAAUACCUCUUUGAAGUUCUUCAUCGAUAUGGAGAAACCUGAUGGUAGUUUUGAUACUCCCACUUUGGAACUCGCAGCUGUGGGACACUGGGUCAGCUUCGAGUACGAAAGGGAUGCAGAGGCUAAAGAUUUUGUGGCCGCCUUCCCCGACUUUGUCCACGUCAUGGAAUGGCCAUCUAUAUUUAAGCGAUAUAUUUUUUAGGUAUUGCAUAGCAAUAGGUUUCCAUCUACAAUUGUACAAUAUACUCCAUCCAUCAGCUCCCAAAGGGAUCCAUUAGAUACAAAGUGUUAAAUAUUUCGGUUAAGAGA